GCAACAAUUGUCGAAAACUCCACAAACACUGAAUAAGCAAGCGAGAAAGCGAGAAAGCGAGAAAGCGAGAGAGCGAGCGAGAGAGAGACGGAAGAAUCUAUCUCAUACAAUGGGGUGAAAAGGGAGGAAAGCAGCUGUUCGACUGUAAUCACAGCUGCUUGCAGAAACUCUAAGAUCAAUUCUUGAUUUUUAUGGUAUUGUUGACGAGUUUGAAAAGAGAGGAAAGGGUUGUAGUUUUCAAAACUUUCUGGACUUGUGGUCUGUUAAUCAGCAGGCACAGGGACUGACACAUUGAAAGCUUCAAAACCUUUUAUUUUCACUUCCAAAUCGGGGUUUUAAGAUCCAAUCAAAUUUGAUUCUGGCUCGGAUCCCUUACUUGGAUUUUUUUAACUGGUACAAGGAUCGGAGUUUGGCCAGAUCAGAACAGAUUACGUUGGUGAUCUUGGCUGCAGUCAUGACAACUACCUUGUUACAGUCUGACUCUAGACGCUUGUACUCCUGGUGGUGGGAUAGUCAUAUAAGCCCAAAGAAUUCCAAAUGGCUUCAGGAAAAUCUUACAGAUAUGGAUGCUAAGGUCAAAGCAAUGAUCAAGCUCAUCGAAGAAGAUGCAGAUUCCUUUAAAGGGAGGGUAGAGAUGUACUACAGAAAGCGUCCAGAACUUAUGAAAAUGAUUGAGGAGUUCUACCGAGCAUAUCGUGCUUUGGCAGAAAGAUAUGACCAUGCAACUGGGGCACUCCGUCAAGCCCAUCGUACCAUGGCUGAAGCAUUUCCUGACCAAGUUCCCUUUGUGCUGGCUGACGAUUCACCUGCAGGCUCUUCCACCACCGAGGCUGAGCCUCACACACCAAAGACACCACGUCCUAUACGUGGACUGUAUGAACCUGACGACUUGCACAAGGAUGCUUUCGAGCUUUCCUCAUCACAGUUGCAUACCAUGACAAGGAAUGGAGGCUAUUCUGAAGAAUCUGAUGCUGAAACAAGCAAAAGGGGGUUGAAACAGCUCAAUGAUAUGCUUGGGUCAGGUGAAGUGUUGCCGAAUCAUGCAAAGGUUGCAGAAGUUAGGGUGAGAAAAGGCCUGAACUUCCAGGAGGUGGAUGGGCAAGAACAUAACUUCCAUGAUGGUGUGUUUCACUUGUCAACUGAGAACCAGAAUCGAGCAAGUAAAGCCGAGAUGGAGGUUCAAAAACUUAAAGAGGCUCUUGCUAAAUUGGAAGCUGAGAAGGAUGCAGGCCUUCUUCACUACCAGCAAAGUAUGGAGAAGAUAUCCCAUUUAGAGACUGAAGUCUCAAGUGCCCAAGAUAGUGCCAGAGGACUCCAUGAACGAGCAAGUAAAGCAGAAACAGAAGUUCAAACCUUAAAAGAAAUGCUUUCCAAACUAGAAACUGAUAUGGAAGCUGGGCUUCUUCAAUACCAUCAGUGUUUGGAGAGGAUAUCUAGUCUGGAGGUCAAAAUUACUGAUGCAGAAGAUGGUGCCAAAAAUCUUGACGAGCGAGCAGGAAAAGCUGAAACCGAAGCUGAAAACUUAAAGAAAGUCCUUGCCAGACUAGAAAAUGAGAAGGAAGCUGCUCUUCUUCAAUAUAAGGAAUGUUUAGAGACAAUAUCUAAUUUGGAGAGCAAAAUCUCUUCUGCCGAGGAGGAAGUAAAAAAGCUUAAUGAGCGAGCUGAAAGGGCUGAAACUGAAGUCCAGACACUAAAGCAAGCACUUUCUAAAUUAGAGGAACAAAAGGAAGCAGCUGCUCUUCAGUAUAAGCAGUGGUUGGAGAGAAUAUCUAUUCUGGAGAGUGAAGUAACUCAUGCACAGGAGGAGGCCAGAAGACUUAACACUGAGAUAGAAACAGGGGUAGCAAAACUACACAGCUCUGAAGAACAUUGUCUUGUAUUGGAGAGUAUAAAUCAAACUCUGCGGUCAGAGCUGGAAGCUUUUGUACGGAAGAUGGGGAUGCAAACUGAGGAACUUAAAGAGAAGCAUGAAGAGUUGCAGAGAUUCCACACUCGCAUACAAGAAGAGCACGUGCACUUCUUGCAGGCGGAUGCUGCUCUCAGAACCAUGCAGAGUUUGCACUCCCAAUCUCAGGAAGAGCAGAGAAAUCUGGCAGUGGAGCUCCAAAAGACUGUUCAACUUUUGAAGGAUGUGGAGCUUCAGAAGCAGGGUUUGGAGGACAGAGUCCAACAAAUCAAGGAGGACAACAAGAUCCUGGAGGACCAGAACUUAUCGUCUGCCAGAUCAAUGAAGAGUCUGCAGGAUGAGAUCUUUGACUUGAAGGAGACAAAAGGAAAGCUUGAAGAGGAGGUUGAACUUCGCUUGGAUCAAAGAAAUGCUCUUCAACAAGAGAUUUACUGUCUGAAAGAGGAAAUAAAUGACUUGAACCGGCACCUCCUGAGUAUAAUGGAGCAAGUUAAAUCAUUGGGUUUGAACCCCGAGUCCUUUGCUUCAGCUGUGAAGAACUUGCAGGAUGAGAACUUAAAGCUGAAAGAAAUUUGUCAGAGAGGCAGAGACGAAAAAGUAACUCUUUUGGAGAAGUUGGAAAACAUGGAGAAACUUCUGGAGAAAAAUGCUCUUUUAGAAAAUUCCCUCUCAGAUGUGACUGCUGAGUUAGAAGGAUUGAGAGAGAAGGUGAAACUUUUAGAUGCAUCCUGCCAGUCUCUCCAAGAAGAAAAAUCUGCUCUUGUUGCUGAGAAGGCUAGCCUGGUUUCCCAGUUAGAGAUUAUGGCUGAGAAAGUGGAAAAGCUCCUAGAGAGGAGCACAUUACUUGAGAAUUCCCUUUCUGAUGCAGUUGCUGAACUGGAAGGGUCGAAGACAAAAGCGAAGAUCUUAGAAGAAUCUUGCCACUCUCUUGAUAAUGAAAAGUCUGCACUUCUUUCUGAAAAAGAAUCUGUGGUCUCUCAGCUACAAAAUGUUCAGCAAAGCCUGGCCGAACUAAAGAACAAAUGCACACAAUUAGAAGAAAAGUAUUUUGGCCUGGAGAAGGAGAAAGAAACCACACUUUGUCAAGUUAAAGAGCUAAGUGUCUCCUUGAACCUAGAAAAACAAGAACGUGCAAUUUUUUCUGAGUCAAGUGAAACUAGGUUAGCUGCUCUAGAAAAGCAUAUGCAUGUCCUGCAAGAACAAGGUCUAUGUAGGAAGAAAGAAAUUGAGGAACAACUUGACAGAUCCAUGAACACUCAGGUUGAGAUCUUCAUCCUGCAGAAGUUUAUCCGAGACAUGGAAGAAAAGAAUCUCUCUUUGUUUAUCGAGUGUCAGAAACACUUUGAGGCUUCCAAGUUAUCAGAGAAAUUAGUUUCAGAACUGGAAGGAAAAAAUCACAAACUGCAUGUAGAAACAAAACUCCUGUCUGACCAAAUUGAGAAGCUUAGAACAGGAAUUAUUGAGAUCUUGAAUUCCCUUGAAGUUGAUACAGAUUAUGCAAGUCAUGAUAAGAUCAGAGAGGAUCAAAUGCUACUGAAGAAUAUUUUAAGGAAAAUUGAAGAUGCAAAUGGUUCUUUCUUGAAAGUUCAGGAUGAGAAGCAACAGCUGUCAUUUCAAAAUUUGGUUCUGAUUACUUUGCUAGAACAAAUGAGACUGGAGACAGCACAUCUUGAACGUGAAAGGAACACCCUUGAUAAGGAGUUCAAACUCCGGAUGGAGGAGCUUUUGGUUCUGCAAAAUGAGAAACAUAAACUUCUGGAGAUGAAUGUGCAGUUACAAUCAGAAAUCAGGAUGGGAGAGCACCGGGAGGAGACACUAAAAUCUGAAAUGGAGAAGCUACAGGCUAAAAUUUCAGAUUUGAAGGAGGCUUACCUAGUAUCCCAAAAUGAAAAUUUCAGAUCGGUUGAAGAAAAUGGAGUUUUGAGGAAGGAGUUGUCAGACACAAAGGAGGUGGCACACGUGCUAGAAGAGGAAAUAAGUGUUCUUCUUGGUAAAACAUUUGCUUUGGAAAAUCUCUCCUUGAUUUUUGAGGGCUGUAACACUGAGAAAGCUGUGAAACUGGAAGAGUUUAGCAAAGAUCUGGACUGUCUUCGUGAAGUUAACAGUGGCCUCCAGGGUGGGAUUAGAGUAAUAGUGGAAAAGUUGGAAAUAGUAGAGAGGGAAAAGCUGCAUCUCAAGAAGUCUGCUGAGGAAUUGGAGAAUGAGAUGAAUGGAGUCAGGAAUGUAAAUGAGCAACUGCAUCAUCAAAUCAUGAUGGGAAAGGAUCUACUUUAUCAGAAGGGAAUGGAACUUUCAGUUGCAGAACAGAAGAUCGGAGUUGCAGCAAGUGAGAACAAAAUGUUAUUUAGAGAUGUUGAGGAUCUGAAGAAGGAACUAAAUGAAUCUGAGGUGUUAAGACGGGAGCAAGAGAAGCACAUCCUUGAGCUAUCAGCAGAUAAAAGCCGUCAGACGGUGGAGAUUGGUUGCAUUCAUGAAGCAAAUAGGAAGUUUGAAUCUGAACUCAGCAAAUUACGUGAGGAAACCAUAAAACUUAAAAAUGCAGAGAAAUAUUUUAGUUAUGAGCUGCAAGAGAGAAGAAAUGAAGUCAUACUCCUAGAGGCUGAUGCUGCAAAAUUCUAUGGAGACCUGCAGAUGUCCAGUGUUCGCGAAGCUCUACUUGAACAGAAGGUUCAUGAGCUUAUUGGAGCAUAUGAGAUCCUUGAACGUGAAAGUGCUUCAAAAACAGUAGAGAUUGAACAGAUGAAUGGAAAACUUUCUGUUUUGGACGGUGAAAAUGGAGGACUCAAAGCUGAGCUGGCUGCAUAUUUGCCUGUCAUAGUUUCCUUGAGGGAUAGUAUCUCAUCUCUUGAAGACCAUGCUCUUUUGCAGACAAAGAUGGAACCGACGGAUGUAGAAUUGGAAAAUCCAUAUCAUGAUAAGAGCCAAGGACUGAUGAGUGGAGAUCAUUGUGCUGUGCUGCCAAAUGGAGUUUCUGAUUUGCAGGCAUUGCUGAAUAGGGUUAAAGCUAUUGAGAAGAUAGUGAUGGAGAAGGAGAGGCUUGCAGUGCUGGAAAGCUUAGACAAAGACAAGCAAGUGGCUGUGAAGAAAGAGAUCAAAGGGUUAAAAUCUAGGACCAGCUCCCUGAAAGAAAAAGAAGUUCAAACAAGCAGGGAUAUUGUCUUGCAACUAGAAGGCCCUGAACUCAGGGAUGAGUCAAAUGAUGGCCAUCUACAGAAAACAGAACCCCAAAUAUCAAAGGUAAAGAAUGUGCUACUGAUGAAAGAUAUUCCACUUGAUCAUGUUUCUGAACAGUCAUUCUGUGGCCAUGGAGUUGGACAAAAUGCCCUGGACGAGAAACGAAAUGUUGAGACAGAUGAUGACAUGCUUGAGAUAUGGGAAACUGUUGAACAUGACUACAACCUAGAUCUUACAGUUGACAAGGGACAGAAGCUGCCAUCUGCACCUGCCAAGGGUGAGACUGGUGUAAAGGAACAGAAGAGUAAGCAUCCCUUUUCAAAGUUGCAAGUUGAGAAGGAGUUGGGCGUUGACAUACUAGAGGUAUCUAGUAGGGGAACAGAGCCACAUCAACAAGGGAACAGGAGGAAGAUCCUAGAGAGACUUGCUUCUGAUGCUCAGAAGUUGAUGAAUCUUUACAUAACAUUGGAAGAAGUAAAAAAGAAGGUGGAAAUGUCGGGGAAGAGCAAAAAUUCCAAGGAUAUUGAGUAUGAUACUGUGAAAGGGCAGUUACAGGAAGUUGAAGAGGCCAUCAUGCAGUUGUCUGAUGUUAACAGCAAAUUGACUAAGAGUGCUGAAGAGGGUUUCUUGUCCUCUGAUGAAAAGUCUGUGUUGGAAAUGGAGGAGACUAGAAACGUCCGAAGGAAGAGAGUCUCAGAACAAGCACGGCGAGUGUCUGAAAAGAUUGGACGGUUGCAAGUUCAGUUGCAGAAAAUCCAAUUUGAUUUGUUGAAGCUUGAGGAGUAUAGAAGAAGCAAGGGACUACUAAAAGUCCCAGAAAGGAGGGUUCUCUUGAAGGACUAUCUGUAUGGCUAUGGCGGUGGCAGAAGCAGCCCCAGGCGAAAGAAGGUUACAUUUUGUGCUUGUGCCAGACCUUCAACAAAGAACUAGAGUGGUAAGCAUAUUCAUGGUAAACUUUGUGAAUUUUGAUAAAACUUUCUAUUGUUAUUGUCUAAACUUUCAUUCCUAGAGAUGGCAUUUACAUCUAGAGAUAUGUUCCCCAUUUUUUCCCGGGAUGUUUGUAAUUGUCUGCUCUAGUUAAUAGAAUUGUACAUGCGGGGUCUGGUAAUCAAAAGAAGAUGCUCAUAUGAGCUCCUUUCCUUC